UUUUCCACUUAACACGUCAAACUAAUAAUAAAAAGUACUUCGGAUGAUGGUAAAACUUUGUUUUACGACGCGCAGGUUUGCUGGGAGAGUUAAUAACUAUCCCAUGAAAACGUUUGGGUCCUUAACGUAACUCUAAGAAACCCGGAAGACUGUCACCUGACUGCACAAUUUAUGACAACAACGGACAUCGAAGCCACCACCUUCGCAGCAGAGGAGGACCACUUGCAUUUUCGUUUAAGUUCCUAUUGUUGGUUCACAAUAAUUAUGGAGCAGCGGCACGCGGGCUGUGUGAACCUCUGUAGUCUCACGAGCACUCUACCAGUGAUCCCCUAUCAAAAGCUGACGGACUUGCAUUACCUGAGUGCAGGUGGGUUCGGAACCGUGUUCAAGGCACAGCAUUCUGAUUGGCGGACCACCGUUGCCAUCAAGUGCCUCAAAUUGGAUUCUCCUGUUGGCGAAAGGGAGAGAAAUUGUCUGCUGAAGGAGGCAGAGGUACUUCACAAGGCCAGGUUCAACUACAUCAUCCAGAUCUUUGGCGUGUGCAAUGAGCCUGAGUUCUUCUGCAUCAUCACAGAGUACUUGAGCAAUGGCUCCCUGGACCAGUUGCUUCAUGAGAAGACCCUAUUCCCAGUGCUGGCCUGGUCGUUGAGGCUGCGUGUCCUGUACGAGAUUGCCCUGGGUGUCAACUUCCUGCACAACAUGACCCCACCCCUUCUUCACCAUGACCUCAAGACACAGAAUAUCCUGCUGGAUGGAGAGCUCCAUGUCAAGAUAGCCGACUUUGGCCUAUCCAAGUGGCGUCAACUGUCCAUCAGUAAAUGCUCCGGGUCAAAGCCACCUGAGAUGGGAGGCACUGUCAUCUACAUGCCCCCUGAGGAGUAUGAACCCUCCAAGAGCCGCCGUGCAGAUGUCAAACACGACAUGUACAGCUAUGCUAUCAUUAUGUGGGAGGUGCUUUCCAGAAGGAUACCAUUUGAAGACGCGACCAACCCGAUGCAGAUCAUGUUCAGCGUUCUGCGGGGGACUCGACCCGACACCAGUCUGGACAGUCUGCCCCGAGACAUCCCUAGCCGGGAGACCCUCAUCCACAUCAUGACCAGUGGAUGGACCACCAACCCAGAUGAAAGGCCCUCUUUCCUUAAGUGUGUGAUCGAGCUGGAGCCAAUGCUGAGGAGGUUCGAUGAGAUUGACGUCCUCGAAGCUGUGCUGGAGGUGAAGAAGUCAAAGCUGAUGAGGAGGACAGGUGGCUUUUCUGCUACACCUGUUGCAUGCGUGGACAAGAGGGAGGAGGAGAAACCUCUGAACAUAACCAUCUCCAGUCCCUGGCCAGGAAGCUCCACCUCGGGCUCUGGGUCUCACUCCUCUCAGGAAGCAGACAUCUCCCAGCCGAGCUCUCUAAUCAGCACCCAUGACCCGCCUUCUAGAGAAGUGAACCCCUCUUCGUUCAUGCCUCACACCCUGGAUCCCCCCCAGCCCCUCAAAGAGUCCAACAACCUUAACGACUACCCCCAGAAUGCCCAGCCCCUGGACAACCUCAACAUACCCCUCAAACCAGACAGGGCUGAGUUGGAAACUCAACUGGACAACCUCACCCUGAAGCCGCCGCCGUACCCGUCCCCAAACACACCAGAUUACCUACCAUCGGACCCUGCCGGCUCAGCGCUGGGCCCGGUGGCGCGGUGGAUUGCGGCGCGGCGCGAGGCAAUUGUCGAGCAGAUGACGGAGGCCUGCCUGAACCAGAGCCUGGACGCCCUACUGGCGCGCUCUCUUCUGAUGCGGGAGGACUACGAGUUGGUGGUGAACCGCGGCACCCGCACGGCCAAAGUCCGCCAGCUUCUGGACACCUGCCAUCGCCACAGCGAAGACUUCUGCCGCGUGGUGGUUCGCAAGCUCCAGGACAACAAGCAGAUGGGCCUGCAGCCGUUCCCCCCAGAGCUCAGCUCCUCCGGGGGCCCAUUGACCCCUAGUGCACCCCCGCUCUCCUACAGCAACCCCAGGAAUUAUUAAGAGUUGUUACGGAAAAGACUAGACGCCCUGUAAACUGUAAAAGACCUUGAGCUCGUUGAGCUGGUACUGUUUGUUAGUGGGUCUUAGUCAGUAGGUACCAAAUGGAGUUUAACGGACUGAAAGAUGGAGGGACUGCCUGGACUUGUCCAAUAAGACACUCAUUUUUGUUUUCCACUUGCACAAUGUUUUGUAGUUUGUGCCCUAAUAAAUAUGAACCGGAACUGGGAGUUGAUCAAGCCCAGCUGUCGGUGUACAUUAAGUGUCGUGGCACCUACUUUUCUUCUCAGUCACACAGGAAAACAUGUUGGUGUGACUCAAAUGGAAGGCAACAAGAAGUUGAAAGGACCUGAAGGUAAAUACGCCUUUUAAAAGACAGUUUUCCCUGUGUUUCGAAAAAGGUUUCACUGUUCUCUAAAAAGAAAAAGCAGAGGACUCUUUGGGAUUUACAGUCAAAUGCUGUGGGAUUUAAUCAAGGCAUUUGAAGAAUUACAGUACCAGACAAAAGUUUGGACACCUACUCAUUCAUUGGUAUUUCUUUAUUUUUCAGAUUUUCCGCAUGGUAGAAUUAUAGUGAAGACCUCAACAAAAACUUGGAAUCAUGUAGUAACCCAAAAAUUAUUAAACGACCAAGUUGUAGAUUCAAGGUAGCCACGAUUUGCCUUGAUGAAAGCUUCGCACCAUCUUGGCAUUCUCUCAACCAGCUUCAUGAGGUAGUCACCUGGAAUGCUUCCUUCAGUCUGCGGUCCAACUCAUCCCAAACCAUCUCAAUUGGGUUGAGGUCAGGUGAUUGUGGAGGCCAGGUCAUCCGAUGGAACACCAUGACUCUCCUCCAUGGCCAAAACAGCCCCUUAACCAGCACUGGACAGAACCAUUGUUCUGUUGGAAAAACAAAUUACAGUCCCUCUAAUUGCACACCAGAUGGUUUGGCGUGUCAUCCCAGAAGGCUGUGUUGGUCAUGCUGGUUGAUUUGAAUUCAAAAUCAGUGACAUUGUGACAAGCAAAGCACCAUCACGACUCAUCCUCCAGGCUUCACGGUGAAGACCACACAUGCGGAGAUCAUCCGUUCAGCCACUUUGCGUUGCAUAAAGACAGCUGCUGGAAUCAAAUACCUCAAAUUUAGACCAAUCAGACCAAAGGAAAAAAUUCCCAACAGUCUAAUGUCCGUUUCUCUUCCAGAGCAAGUCUCUUAUUGCUGUCCUUCAGUAGUGGUUUCUUUGCAGCAGUUCGGCCAUAAUGGCCUGAUGCAUGCAGUGUCCUCUGAACAGAUGAUGUUGAUGUGUUACUUGGGUCUUCCUUUCCUGUGGCGGUUCUCAUGAGAGCCAGUUUCAUCACAGUGUUGAUGUUUUUUGCGAUUGCGCUUGAAGACGUUUUCUGGAUUGACUGAUCUCCGUGUCUUAACGUAAUGAUGGACUGGCGUUUCUCUUUGGUUAUUUGAGCUGUUCCUUACAAAAUAUGUUCUACUACAGUACAGACAUGAUGAGGGUCUUCGGUAUAUCAGCCCUGCCUUAUCACAACACUGAUUGGCUCAAACGCAUUAAGGAAAGUUAACUUUUAAUUAGAUUUUAGAAUGCAUUCCAGGUGACUGCCUCAUGAAGCUGGUUGAGAGAAUUGAAAAGAGUGUGCAAAGCUUUCUUUGGGGCAAAGGGUGGCUACUAUGAAUAAUCUACAAAAUGACAUUUCUGUCUGUUAAAUUACUUUUUGGGUUACUAUGUGAUUCCAUGUGUUUUUAGUUUUGAUGUCUUCAGUAUUAUUCUGCAAUGUGUGAAAUAAAAUAAACAAAUGCACUUGUAUGAGUAGGUGUGUCCAACCUUUUGCCAGGUACUGUAUAUAAUGAAUCGUAGGUCAUUUGUCAGGGAAAUAAUUAGUUUCUCCAUGAACCAUACCCAAUGUUCUGAGUGGUUAGUUACAGGCCCCUUCUGACCAUUUUCUAGUUCUGUUUUCUUCCCUCUGCCCUAAAUGGUUUUCCAGAAAGAGAUAAUAUGUAACAUAUUACUUAUCUAUGGCUCUGGUUUCACUCCUUGACUGUUGAAUCUGUAGCUCUACAGUUAGAGAAAGGUACUCAACUAGAGUUCUACUGUUUGUGGAAACAAUGAGUAGGUCAAAACUGGAUCAACCACAUUCCUUGUUGUUUAUCAAAACAAAUUGCUGCAUACAGUAGGGAUAUCACUGUAUUUAGAUUUUAGAAUUUGUUGUAUUAUAAUUUUUUUGGGACAAUUUCUAAACCAUGUCUUUUUUCCUCAUAAAGACUGUGCACUUUCUGUCCUAAAAUACAUUCUGUUGACAUUGAAAUCAAAUGGGCCCAAGGCUUCAACAUACACCCCAAGAGCAGGAUCAGCAUUUGGUUUCAGGGAGGACGACGUAUCGUGUAGCCUUUGUUAAGGCCUUUAUUAUUUAUAAGACGUGUACUUCCCUAUACCGCGUAUUAUAGAAUUUCAACGGUGGAUUUAGGUGUUCGGUUUUAGCUUCUUUAGAGUCUGUCUUUUGUCUUGACAAGUUUACAUAUGAAGACAAACAACACACAGCCGAUUAAAACCGAUGUAUUAUAAAUCACUGUUCCUGCCAAUGUAUUUAAUACAUCUGCGGCUGCUUAAACACUCUCCUUGGGUCUGACAAGGUCUUCGGGCUGUUUUGUUGACAUGUUUUUUUGCAAUAGAGUACGUGAUGGUCCGUAGCUUGUUACAGUAUCUCUGUUUGCACUACGUGUUUUUGGUAGCAGCCGGUGAACUGACUGGGCAGGGAUUUGUCCUCGAGCCAAGUGUCAAAUAUAGUGGCCCUGAACAGCAACCGGCUGGGCUUAGCGCCGCAGUUGUUUGUUCUGCUUCCGACUGUGGCUGUCGGUCUGUGGGACGCCGUGUUGAAGGGAAGCCUGGCUGCCCACCCUGUCCCAUCUGAAGUAUGUCAUUCAGCCAGGGGGAAGGGAACUGUCGCAGGGUUAAGGAGAUGCCUUUAAAUGUUGGUCCAGGAUGGGCCAGAGUCAUCACUUCAUCGAUUGCAAAUGCAAAACGGCGUGGGGAUUAAUAUAUUUUUUUGUUGAUGGGCCUAACAGUUCUUUUAACUGUAUGAAAUGUGUAACUUGAAGAAUCUUCCUUGGCGAUGAAACUCAAAGAGGGUGACUUCCAGAGAGUGCAGAGUGGCAAUAAACCCAUCAAUCUCCACCACACACUUGUUUGUUAAUUGUUCCCAUAAACGUUCCACUUUUAAAUGAUAGAACAAGCCUUGAAUUCAGUUGAACAAACCCCUUGUCAUUUUACAACAUGUAAAGCUAAGUAACAGUUAACCUUUUAAGAUAGGAACGUAGUUUGCCUUCUACAUGGUGUCAAGUCCUGUUAUCCAACAUCAAUUACUUUUAAGGUAAAACUUCCAUCUUCACCAAACUCAGACCUUCCCUCUCCCGUCCUGCUGCUGAAACCCUAAUACAUGCAUUCAUAAUCUCCCGUC